GCCAAACUCGUCUCCAUCUUCGUGCAGACUCUGUUGUAUGGCGCAUACAUAGUAGUCUUCAUCCUGACGGUGUGGGUCUUAAUUUCAAAGCGUCAGCAUCAGAGUCCUACGAGAGACCCGAUGCUAUGGAUCACAAUCGUCAUGUUCCUCAUGGCCACUCUGCACAUCGGCAUAAAUUACACACGCAUAAUCAAGGCAUUCAUAAUACACCGGAAUGCACCUGGAGGGCCGGCCGCCUUUUUCAACCAGCUCUCCGAGUUCACGCAGAUCUUCGGCAGCACGGUCUACGUCGCUCAAACGCUCAUUGGGGACACUGUCGUGCUAUACAGGUGUUACCUCGUGUGGGGCAGAUGGUAUGUCAUCGUCGUGCCGUCUGUCCUUCUGGUUGGGAGCACCGUAUCCGGCAUAGGCAUCUUGUAUUCUUUUGCUAGUGUAGUGCCGGAAGCCAACAUUUUUGUGAAGGAGCUCCAGGACUGGAUCCUCUCAUUCUUUUCUCUCACACUGGCCACCAAUAUCCUCUGCACUGGCACGUUUCACCUUACCUCACUUCUAGGGCUAGUUGCUCUGCGGAUCUGGCAAAUGAACCGGGCGAUCAUGAAUUUCGUGAAUCACAGCUAUCACCCUAUUAUCUUCCUUGUCCUCGAGUCUGGGAUGGUCUAUUCUGCAACACUCCUGACGCUCCUCGUACUGUACAAGACAGGCUCCUGGUUCCAAUAUGUCUUGCUUGACGCGAUCUCUUCAAUCGUCGGCCUUGUCUUCUCUAUGAUGAUAGUCCGCAUCGGUCUCGGCAUAACAUCCAUGAACGGCACUUCUGCGCAUACCACUACCUCUGAUACCGCUACGCGUACAACGAUUUCGGGGCGUACGUCCGCGUUCCAACGCAUUCCGUUGCAGUUUGCCCCGCCUUCACAAGCCUCCAACCUCACCGACGGGGAGAUGUCCUUGCAGGACCUGAACCGACAAACAGAGGCAGCGGGGUAUCAAGAGCAUCUUGCCAGUAAGAAGCGAGCAGUGAGUACUUGGUUGCCUGGCAAAAUUUCGGCGAACGCCCGAGGCUCAUGCCACUCUGCGUAG